CGCCCAUGAAGUUCACAAACAGUUCCGUCAAAGAUGGCGUCCCAGCGUCGGCAGCUGAUGCAAAGCCAUCAGAGCUGGACUGAUGACCUGCCCCUGUGUCAGAUGUGUGGGGUGGGCACGGCCCCCAACUGUACCUAUGGACCCGACGGAAAGGACACCCAGAGCCACCCCAACGAGGACGGACACUUCAGGUUCAGAGGUGAGGAUGGCUGUUCCCUGUACGGAGUGUUUAAUGGGUUUGAUGGGAGCAGAGUGUCCAGCUUCGUCUCUCAGUGUCUGACAGCAGAACUGCUUCUGGGACAGCUCAACUCUACACACACUGACGCUGAUGUCCGCAGAAUUCUCUCACAGGCCUUCGACGUUGUAGAGAAGAGUUACUUUGAGACAAUCGGUGACGCUCUGGCAGAAAAGGCUAAUAUACAAUCUCAGCUACCUGAGGGUGUAUCAUUCCACCAGCUGUCCCCCCAGAGUCAGAAGCUUUCUGAGAGGCUGAAGGAGCUGGAGCAGGAGGUGUCUGGUGGAGCUACGGCUGUGGUGGCUCUGAUACACAAUAACAAGCUCUACAUCGCCAACGUGGGUACCAACCGGGCCCUGCUGUGUAAGUCGACCAGCGACGGUCAGAACCAGGUGAUCCAGAUCGGACGACCUCACACCACAGAGAACGAGGACGAGCUGCAGAGACUGGCUGGGCUGGGUCUUGAUGUGUCUGGUCUUCGUCAGGCUGGUCUGAUAGCUGGUCAGAGCAGCACCAGGAGGAUUGGAGACUACAGGGUUAAAUAUAACUAUACAGAUAUAGAUCUGUUGAGUGCCGCCAAGAACAAGCCAAUCAUAGCAGAGCCGGAGAUCCAGGCCAGCCAAUCGUUAGAGGGCGUGACGGGCUUCCUGUUGCUGAUGUCAGAGGGGCUCAUCAAAGCCCUGGAGUCCGCCCACGGACCAGAACAAGCCAAUCAGGAGAUGGUAGCUAUGGUAGCAGCAGAACUAGCCCAACAGGGAACCCUGGAGGCCGUGGCCCAGUCGGUGGUGGAGCGGGUCAAGCGGCUGCACCACGAUGUCUACGCCAGCGGACGCCAGAGGGCGUCCAACUGCUCCCGCCACGAAGACAUGACUCUGCUGAUACGCACACUCAACUACACGCUGGCCGACGGCGCGCUCACACCCACACAGGGUGGUCGUAUCUACCCAGUGUCGGUGCCCUACUCCAACUGCCCCAGCAGCACCAGUAAGACCAGCGUCACCCUCUCCCUGGUCAUGCCUUCUCAGGGGGGUACCCUCACCAACGGGACCAACACAGCCUCCACUCUGGAGGAGGGCACACCCACACACACGCCUGGCCAGAGUCCCACCACCACGCUCCAGUCCUCCAUCAAUACCCAGACUACCCAGAGCUCCAGCUCUUCUUCAGGAGACGGAGGCAGCCUCUUCAGACAGCGUGGCAGCCAGGCUGUCCAGCCAGACGAGACAGGACGGGUCCCACCCUAUGUUGACUUCACUCAGUUCUACCGGCUGUGGGGGUCGGACCUGGGGACACAGGGGUCCUCGGCCGGGCUGGGGCCUCAGUGAUGGAGGCGGAUGGGAGGAAUGGAUUUUUGUGGGGACAAGGUUUGGUGUUAAUAGAGUGAUAACUGCUCUUUUGAGGGAGGGAGGUAUAGGAAUGCAUUGGAGGGGAUGUGUGAUGGAUUUUGUCGGUGCAACUGAUAUGGCAUCCUUGGGUAGAAAAGUAUAUAUAUAUUUUUUUACUUUAUCACAACUAUUCCUUUUACAAUAACUGAUAACAUGUUUGUUACAUGCCAUGAAGGUAAUGUUAUUGAUGGGUCAGGUGGACAACAGUUAUGCAGGUAGGAGGGCUGUUUGAGGAUCCGUUUUGCUUUAGAUAACAAUGAAUACGAUUAUAUGGACAGGGGUGACCUGAUCCUAGAUCAGUGUGCUUAAUCUGAGAUGCUUGAUACAUACGGCCCCAGAUCUACCUGAAUGGACUGAAUUGACUCCCAACAGACAGUCAGUGAGUGUAUGUUGGCUGGCGUUUGUAGCUCCUGUCACCUGCUCUCUAUCAGUCUGUCUGUGAACAAGGGAGGGCGGUGGGAAGGAGGAGGUGGGGUUAAGUGCGGAUGACACAUUACAUAAUUAGCUGACAAGUGAAGGGACUCAUCUCAGCUGCUCUUGUUACUGUACCUCUCCUUUGAUCUCUUUCCCCUCUUCUCUCUCUCUCUCUUUCCACCCAACCCCUUUCUCUCUCUUUCCACCCCACCCCCGUUCUCUCUACUUGCCUCUUCCCUCUCUCUUUCUCUCCUCUAUCCAUAUUUGGUCUAGAGAGUUGCUCAUUGGAGGAGAGAUGGGCAGUUAAGGUGAUUUUUAUUUGAAUAUUUUUUUAUAGUCAUGAAAUCAUGUACAUCUAAUGUAUGUUUCUUUUAUGUAUGGUUAUAUAUUUUAUGUAUAUGUCAGGGUUAGGGUCACUACCAUUUCAAUUUCAGAAAGUGAACAAAUUCCAAAGUUCCCUCAUUGAAAAGCAUUGAAGAGAUUUGGAAUUGAAAUGUCAGUGUACUUAAUCGAUGUGGACGUUGAUUACGGCAGCACCCUCACCUCUCUUAUUCAGAGGGCUUGGAUUCAAUAAAUACACAAGACACAUUUCAGUUGAAUGCAUUCAGUUGUACAACUGACUACGUAUCUCUUUUCCCUUCCUGAAUUGAAAUUCAAUUGACCCUGAAGCUUUAUAUAUGUUUAUGUAUGCUUUAUACAUGUUCUGUAUGUUUUGUCUCCUUGGAGAUAGGGUGCAUUGUGAAAGUAAAUGAUAGAAAUAAGUGUGA